UCAGCCUGGGGUUGCUAUGGAGACAGGACGCUGCAACCUGUAUAGCCUGUAGAACCCAGAAAUUGAUUGCUUAGGAGAUCUCAGCAAAACUCCGUAUUGCUUCCUUCCUUCCAUAUCUUCACUCUCCCUUCAGCCAGAAUCUUUGUUUUUAUUUUUGACUCCUAUGGAAAACUCUACUUCUCUGAAGCAAGAAAAAGAAAACCAAGAGCCAGAGGAAGCAGAGCAGCUAUGGGAAGGAGCAUCAGUAGCUUCUCCCCAGGAUCCUGGUCCCUCAUCACCUGAGUACCGGGAAGAGGAGCAAAGGUCAGACACUGAACCCCAAUACAGAAUGAACCCCUCUUGGGGCCGCCAGUCUGGAGCCAGCCCGUCUCUGGAAGACCUCACUGGACCAGGAUUGCGGUCCUCCCCUCCUCUGCUUCCUCCGGAGUUUCAUGCCACUCCUUUCCUGACCGCACCUACACAGGACCCUGUAACUUCAUCACAGGCAGAGAGGGGCCCGAGUGGGAUUCUUGAUGCUGCGACACCUCAUUCUGAUCCGUGGGAACCAUAUGCUGCUGCAAGACAAUUAACUUCUCACUACACGAGCCAAGCAGAGGGAAGCACCUUCCCAGGGUCUCCGCCACCCCAGCCUGACCUGUGUGGGCCAGGCGAUGCCAGCCGUAACAAGUCCAAGCCCAGCGGGCUGAGAUAUGACCUUCUACCGGAGGAAGACUCCAACAGUAACUGUGACCCAGACCAGCCCGAGUUUAGGGCCGAUGAAGCAGCUCCCAGUAUGCUUGAGGUGGCCAUUCAGAAUGCAAAGGCAUACCUGCUGAGUACCAGCAGCAAGUCUGGUUUAAACCUAUAUGAUCAUCUUUCUAAUGUGCUGACCAUGAUAUUAGACCAGCGUCCUGCAGAUGCUGUUGACAUCAUUGAAAAUAUAAGCAAAGAUGUAAAGGUGGCCAAUUUUAAUAAAAAAUUAGAUACACUCCACAAUGAAAAUGAGAUGCUCCCAGCAUAUGAAAUAGCAGAGAAGCAGAAGGCUCUUUUUCUUCAGGGACAGUUGGAAGGAAUUGAUCCAGAACUGGAGGAGGAAAUCGCAGAAAACUCUCUGCCCAAUGUGAUGGAGUCAGCUUAUUAUUUUGAACAAGCUGGAGUUGGUUUGGGGACAGAUGAGACGUAUCGGGUGUUUCUUGCCCUCAAGCAGCUCACUGACACACACCCAAUCCAAAAAUGCCGCUUCUGGGGCAAGAUCUUGGGUCUGGAAAUGAAUUACAUUGUUGCUGAGGUGGAAUUCCGUGAUGGCGAAGAUGAAGAGGAGGUGGAAGAGGAGGCGGUAGCUGAGGAGAGGGAUGACGGAGAAAGUGAAGCCGGAGAAGGUGAGGAGGAUGAAUCACCAAAGCCCUUGUAUAAGGCCCCACAGGCUGUCCCAAAGGAAGACCGCAGAACAGGUACAAACAAGUACGUCUAUUUUGUUUGCAAUGAGCCUGGAAAUCCGUGGGUGAAGUUACCGUCCGUAACGCCUGCACAAAUUGUUACUGCAAGAAAAAUCAAGAAAUUUUUCACUGGGCGGCUAGAUGCGGCCGUCAUAAGCUACCCACCCUUCCCAGGAAAUGAAAGCAAUUACUUAAGAGCCCAAAUUGCCCGCAUUUCAGCAGCGACCCAUGUCAGCCCUCUAGGAUUCUAUCAGUUUGGUGAAGAGGAAGGAGAAGAAGAAGAGGUGGAAGGUGGUCGAGACAGCUAUGAGGAAAACCCCGAUUUUGAGGGCAUCCAAGUGGUUGACCUGGUGGAAUCUCUAUCCAAUUGGGUUCAUCAUGUGCAGUACAUUCUUCCUCAGGGUCGCUGUACUUGGUUCAAUCCUAUACAAAAAAACGAGGAAGAGGAAGAGGAAGAAGAUGAAGAAAAAGGAGAGGAGCCUGACUAUAUAGAACAGGAAGUGGGGCCUCCUCUUUUGACACCCAUCUCUGAAGAUUUAGAUAUUCAAAAUAUACCCUCUUGGACAUCACGGCUGUCCUCGAAUUUCAUUCCACAGUAUGCAAUUGCUGUCCUUCGAUCCAAUCUUUGGCCUGGGGCAUAUGCCUUUUCCAAUGGCAAGAAGUUUGAAAACUUCUACAUUGGCUGGGGUCAUAAGUAUAGUGUGGAGGAUUACACGCCCCCAGGCCUACCACCAGUCUAUCAAGAGUAUCCCAGUGGACCAGAAAUUACAGAAAUGGAUGAUCCCAGUGUGGAUGAGGAACAGGCUUUCAGGACUACACAAGAGGCCGUGGUCCAUUCAGCUGAGGAGAGUGAAGGAACUGAGGAUGAAGAUGAUGAUGAUGAUGACUAGCACAAAAUCAGCCCAGUCUUACGUGGCACACCCCCCCACACCCACACCCCCCCACAUGAAUCUUCUAUGGGGGACCGAUUUUAUAUAUACAUACAUAUAUGUUGGAAAUACAGAUACGUUGGAAGUGAUGAUGCAAAGUAUCAUCCCUUUAAAGUUAUCAAAUGGGGAGGGGAUGUGGAGAGAUGGCUCAGUGGUUAAGAGAAGUUUUGCCCUUGCUGAGGAGAGUUCAGUCUCCAGCACCUAAGUCAAGUGACUCGAGGAAUUCCUAUGUCUUCUUCUGCCCUCCAUGGGUACUACUGCACAUGUGCAUAUCACAUCAAAAUCAAUCUUUUUGUUUGUUCGUUUUUUGAGACAGGGUUUCUCUGUGUAGCUUUUGUGCCUUUCCAAGAACUCACUCUGUAGCCCAGGCUGGUCUCGAACUCAUAGAGAUCCA